AUGACUUUGAACAACGAUUCUGCUGAACAUUCUGGUGCUUUGAUAGUACCAGCUCUAGAUCUUUUUCAUCCCCUUUAUCUUCACCCUUCUGAUAUUCCAGGAACCAUGCUAGUGUCCGUUCCAUUUUCUGGGACUGGAUUUGGUGACUGGAAGGAAUGGAUGCUUAUUUCUUUGUCGGCAAUGAACAAGGUUCAAUUAAUCGAUGGUUCUCUGAUUCACCCUACAACCAAUUCUCCUCUAUAUCCUCAUUGGCAGCGCUGUAAUAAUAUGGUUAAGUCUUGGAUAAUGAAUUCCCUAUCUAAGGAUAUAGCCAAAACAAUUCUCUACUAUAAAACCGCUAGAGAAGCCUGGAAUAACCAUAUAGAAAGAUAUGGUGUUGCAAAUAUUUCUCAGUAUUAUAGUCUUCAACAAUCUAUUUCUUCCACAUCCCAAGGAUUAAAUGAAACAUAUUCCACUGUUAAAAGUAACAUCCUAAUGAUGAGUCCUGUUCCAAGUGUGGAGAAGGCAUACUCUAUUCUGAUUAGGGAUGAGAAACAAAGGGAAAUCAAUUCUGCUUCUCAGCCUUUCUCUUCUGAUUCUACUUCCUUCAUAGCUAACUCUAAUUCCAAUUCUACUCAUAACCAACCAAAUACCACCAGAAAAUAUACUCAGAGGUUUACCAAGGGAAGAAAAGCUGCUGCAUGUGUACAGAUUGAGUCCUCAGAACAGACCUCAACUAAGCCUGAUUCACCUCAAAAUGAAGACAUUCCACAUGGCUUCUCUAAGGAACAAUAUGUCCACCUUAUGUCUCUAUUCCAUCAGAUGCAGGCAUCUUCUACAAAUCAGCAGUCUACAUCCCAAGAAUCUCCAAUAUAUGCAAAUUUUGCAGGCCCUUCUCUGAAGAGGCCACUGGAAAUUGGUAAGGUUGAGCAUGGACUGGAUGUCACAUUUGCUGAACACAUAUUUCUAUCCAAUUCUCCACCCUCUGGUUUCUUUCCUUCCUCUACUUCUUCUUUUUCUGAGCACAUCAUUCCUAACAAUGUUACCACUUCUACUUCUUCACCAUUACAGUCUUCUGAUCUUGUUCCUACUGUUUCAUCACGACUAUACUCUUCUUCUCAUUCUCCUGAACCUGAUUCUGUACCUUCACCCACACCACUUCCUCCUCUUUCUUCCCUUCCCUUGAGAAGAUUUUCUAGGCCUACCACUGUUCCUCACCACCUUCAGGACUACAUCUGCUAUGCUGUACCUCCUACUUCCUUUCCUGAUCCAUCCACUUUCUCUCAGCCCCUUAAAUCCUACACCUUAUUUGAGCCUUCCUUCUACCAUCAGGCUGCUUCCAAUCCUGCUUGGCAAGAAGCAAUGUUAAAAGAAUUUCAAGCCUUGGAAUCUAACCAAACUUGGGAUAUUGUGCCUUUACCUCCUGGCAAGAAAGCCAUUCCUUCUAAGUGGGUGUAUAAAGUUAAGCAAAGAUCUGAUGGCAGCAUUGACAGAUACAAAGCUAGAUUGGUUAUUAGGGGAGAUAAUCAACAGGCUGGUGGUAUUGACUACUUUGAGACCUUCUCCCCUGUCAUCAAGUUUACUACCACUAAAUGCUUACUUGCCUUAGCUGCCAAAUUCUCUUGGUCUAUAUAUCAACUUGAUGUAAACAAUGCAUUUCUGCAUGGGAAUCUUUCUGAGGAGGUUUACAUGAAAAUUCCUCUUGGUCUUACUGUCUCCUCCUCUUCUUCUGGGCCUCCCUUAGUAUGCAAACUGAAGAAAUCCUUGUAUGGCCUCAAGCAAGCUUCCAGACAAUGGUUUGCUAAGCUUUCUACUGCCGUCACCUCUUUGGGUCUACCAAGCUUACUCCUUCUUCUGGUGAUACCUGAUGCUUCCACUUAUCGAAGGCUUAUAGGAAAGCUAAAUUUUCUCCAACAUACUCGACCUGAUAUUUCUUUCUCUGUUCUGCAUCUCAGUCAGUUUCUCCAUGCCCCCACAUCUGCUCAUAUGCAAGCAACUCUGCAUGUUUUGAGGUAUUUGGUCAGAGAUCCUGCCAGGGGUGUUCUUCUUAACAAUCAUAAGGACUUCUCCCUCAUUGCUUACUCGGAUUCAGACUGGGCAGGGUGUCCUUCUUCCAGGAGAUCUGUGUCUGGUUAUUAUGUCGCUCUUGCGGCUGAAUACAGAGCCCUUCGAAAGAUUGUUGCUGAGCUUAAAUGGCUUGUCAGGCUGUUAGCUGAUUUGGGUAUUUCUAUUUCUGCUCCUAUUCCUUUAUAUUGUGAUAACAGGUCAGCCAUUAGCAUUGCCAAGAACCUUGUCUCACAUGAGCAGACCAAACACAUUGAACUUGAUUGCCAUUUUGUCCGGGAGAAGCUUGCUAGUGGUCUCAUCUUUUUGCAUUAUGUUCCUACUGCCUCACAACUGGCUGAUAUUCUUACCAAACCCCUCACAGGCCUUCAACAUCAACUUUUAUUAUCCAAGCUGGGAGUUCUCUCACCCUCCAGCUUGAGGGGGAGUGUUGGAUUAAAAGAAUUAAAUGGCCCAAUUCCUACAGGCCCAAAGAUUGCUGAAGAAGAAAUAGAUCCAGGCCCAAACACUUGA